CCUCCGAGUAGGAAGUGUCGAACGAGCAGAGCAGACAUCAACAGCAGCAGCAGCAGAGCACAGGAAAGAAAAAAAAACGAGGAGGAACCCGUGAGAAUCCGUCUUUAACGUUCUCGACGUUUCCGUGAAGAAAAGCUGUCCCCGCGUGAAGCAGGCUGAGCUGUAGGUCGGCGGCAGUCAUGAACGUGAAGGUGGUGUUUUUCGCCGCAGCUCUGGCGCUGAUUGGCGCAGCGGCCGCAGAUGAUUGCUCCUAUACGUCAUGUGAGCUCUGUGUUGCCCGUUCUGAGUGCCAUUGGCUCAACUGCACAAUUGCGGGAACUGCCUGUUUCAACGCUACUAUUCAAGCCAAUGAUACCUGCAACAAUGCCAGCUGUUCACUUACUACCCCCUCGGCUCCAACUGCUUCCACUCAUACAUCUGUUAUCACCACCACGCCUAAAAGCAAUACUACAGGGAACGCUACAUCUCUCCCCGUCACGCCGACUCAUAGUGGCAACAGCUCCACCACAACUCCAGCCUCUACCAACGUACCGGGUACCACAGUGGUGCCCCCUCACAAGAACUCCACAUUCGAUGCUGCCAGCUUCAUCGGUGGAAUCGUGCUCGUCUUGGGCCUUCAAGCCGUCGUCUUCUUCCUUUACAAGUUCUGCAAAUCCAAAGAUCGUAACUACCACACCCUCUGAAGCGGCUACACUUGAUCCAACCUGUUCUUCGCUAAUAUAGACCCUUAGGUGUGAACCCAUCAAGGUGACCUCAAACAGCGUUUCCAUUAAUUUUUUUUUUUAUUUUGUGUUUUACACCACAUGAAGUGUGGACCUGCAUGUCUGAUUCAUUUCAUCCCAACAUGCACAUAUCGAGUCAAUCUCCUCCGAUGUGCAUUUAGGCCUCAAGCAUGCAGAUUACAUAACCUACCACCAUUAGUCAUCCUGGAAAGAGCCUUUUCCAGUGAAUUGAGUGGGCUUGUGUUAUUUACAGCCCCUCUCCUCAUGCCUUCAAUUAAAUGCACCACAUAAGACGAAGAAUUAGUCAUUUGCACACGGUAGCUUUCCUGUUGAUGCUUGAAUAUAGAUUUUUCUUUAACCUGAUUUGGAAACGCUGUUCGAGCUUGUGUUGAAUAGGCUAACAGAUGAUUGUUUUUUAGUCUUUUGAGAAAAAAAAAAUCUUCACAUAUUUGAUCCAGUUGGACUUAAAGUAACAACUAAUCAUUUGAUGUUAAAACUAUAAAAACAAAAAAAAGUUUUGAGUAUUUUCUGCUGUUAGGUUCCGUCCUGGGAAGCCUCUCGCCCAACACAAGAUGUUAAAAAAUGUCAAACACCAACUGCCGGUAGAGCAGCCCAACGCAAUAAAUAAUGUAUAGAGCUCAUUUCAGAACCACAGAUCUCCCUGAUCUCUAUCUUUACUGGUCAUUAAUUCUUAUGGGCGGCUCGCUUAGAGCAGGCCCUUAUCUUUGUUUUAUUUAAACUGGGUCAAAAUGAAUUAUUGUAGAAUAUUUCCUAAUUUGUUUAAUGUGCAGACAGAAUGAGGUGGCAUGCACCUUUCUUGAUGUGGACAGUGAAGUGCCUUUGAUGUCCAGUGUGAGUGAAAGCGAGUAAAGGUGUUUUUGUUUUUUAGGUCCUUGUUGUUUUCUUGCUAAAGAUUAACAGUAUCACAGCGAUGAGGUUGCUUAGAGCUGUAGUACCUCAACUGAAGGGGGAGGAAAAUGGAGGAUUUCUGUCCUCCUAGGUCCUUGUUUGGUUUGCAGGUGCAACAGAAAGUCUAAACAUGGCAGUGGCAGGAUGUUCGCACGAUUCUGCCACUAGAGACUUUGCUACAUCAUGGUUCAGAUCGAACUAAGCUGUGAGGAAAAUAUUUAGUUUUAGGGCCAACAUGUUGAAGAGGCUGUGUGUUAUGCAGAAUAAUUGCGCAUCAUUGGCAGGUUGAAGCCUAUUCUUCUUACUAGCUAGCUGCUAACUUCUUUUUUUUUUUUUUUUUGGGUUUAUCAGCUUUGUCCAACCUGUAAAUAGCUACAUCCUGUUUCUGUCCUGCUGAAAGAAAAGCCAAAAUGUUAACCAGAACUUUAACCUUGUGUUGGCUCUGCUUUUCUUUACCUGUAAGUGCAUGCUGGAUGCUUUUUCUCAUUGCAUAUGCAAAUAGUAAUUUAGUCGCAGUCAGAAACCACUUUAAUAUUUGUGAUAAGCCCAUGUGCUCAUGGAUGAAUCCCUUGAAAUGGUAUACAUGAAGCCAAAGUCCUGUUUUUUUUUUUUUUUGGCAUGUUUGGUUUGAAUAUGUAGGUUACAACCACAAAGUAACUAAUGAAUGCGGGUGUUUGUUUAUGCUUGUAUAUCUAUAUAUAUUUUUUUUGAGGUUGCAUGUGUGAGGUUUCUUUUGAAACGAACCUACAGUCAUGAGCAAGAAGGCUAAACAUGCCCACCGUCAGCUGCACCAUUUCCCUCUGCUGCAUGUCUAGUCGUUUUACACAAAUGAAGAGAAAUAUUCUUUCUAGCUGCAUUCUCUAAUGGUAACGUCAACAUUCUGGUGUGUUACAACACCGCCUUGUGUCGACGUCCAUUGUGCCGCGUCUUGCUCUGCGCACCUCUCCGGGAAAAGUGCCUUAUUCAGUUAUCAUCCAUUUCCAUUUGUUGUGAAAUGAACAAACCAGAUGCCAUUUUAACUAAAUAUCAGCGAGACUCGGCACUUUCAGGCUCCUGCAGAGUGGUUUUCUGUGUUGUGCUUAAAUGUAUGUCCGCUGCUCUCAGCCUUAAUCUCUGCUGCGAAGUGACAAGCUGUCCUUGUAAUGCCUGGACCACUUUCUCUUUGAGUGUCCUAAGUUCGCUUUGAAUGAC